AUAACGGCCGCGCCGGGUGCGGCGGGCGGAGGCGAUCGGACGAGAGAGAACGCCCAUCUCGAGACGCGCAGCAGAGCAGAUGUCGUUACUUUCCUCUUGGUCGGACUACAUAAACGAUUUAUUUUUACUUUAUUAUUGCGUGACGCGGAUGCCGGUCAAGGCGGCGGCGGCAGCGGCGCGCCGACUGUAUUCGUCGUGAAUGGGGUGGCUUAUCCGUGUCAAGGAUCACGGCGGUACGGUGGAGAAGAGGAGGCUCAUCGCCUCUCCCUCGGCGACGGCGACGGACAGAGGGCGAACUCAGCUGCCCUGCUUCUCUGCGACGGGGGGCUCGGGGGUCCCCGGGACCGCCACCACCGCGCCACACCGGCAAAGUUGCGGCAUGGUGCUUAACAAUUAAGGAUGCGGGGCUCUCGCAAGGAGCAGCCGCGGGAGGCGGCCCACGCCGGGGGCGGCGCCUCCAAGGGCGGCGCCGGCUGCGGCGGCGUGGCGGCGGCGCAGCGCAAGCGCGGGCUGUCGCACUUCUCGCUCACCCGCCUGCUGUACGCCAGCCCCCUGGUGCCGCGCAGGAUCAACCGCAACAACUCCAGAUCCGUCAAGUCCAAUGACGAGCGGAGCGCGGUGGACGGCCCGUCCCAGGACGUGGAGCGCGGAGAGGCCGCACUCAAAUCUGCACCGGAGCGGGACAAGGUCCAGAGGGUCAACAGUCUAGCCUCGGCCUCCGGGGAGUCCGCCAAGUGGCCCCUCGGCCUCGUUUGCCCUCUCUGCCUAAAUGAGCAACCCAGCCAGAAUUUCCCUGAGCUCCUCACCUGUGCUCACAGGUCAUGUUAUGACUGUUUUCAAAAGUAUCUUCGUGUAGAGAUAUCUGAGUCCCGUGUGAAUAUUGCAUGUCCAGAAUGUACAGCACCCAUGCAUCCAAGUGACAUCCGAAUGAUUCUUAAUGAUAAUGUAGUAUUUGAGAAAUAUGAAGACUUUAUGGUGAGGAGGGUUUUGGCCUGUGAUCCGGACACCAGGUGGUGUCCUGCCCCUGAUUGUAGUUUUGCCGUAAUAGCCUCUGGCUGUGCUAGCUGCCCAAAGAUAAAAUGCGAGCGCGACGGAUGUAGUUCUUAUUUCUGCUACCACUGCAAGGCAGAGUGGCACCCUAAUCAAACCUGUGAUGAUGCGAGGAUGUUGAGGUCACCCUCAAAAUCAACUUCAACUACCUUCAAUCACCACCGACUUAGAGACGAUGUUAAACCUUGUCCCCGGUGUCAAGUGCUUAUUGGCAAAAUGGACGAUGGCUCCUGCAACCACAUGCAGUGCGCGGUGUGCGGGGCCGAGUUCUGUUGGCUAUGUAUGAAGGAAGUUACAGAUUUGCAUUUCCUAAGUCCGUCGGGUUGUACAUUUUGGGGAAAGAAACCCUGGUCCAGGAAAAAGAAGAUACUCUGGCAACUGGGCACGCUGGUCGGCGCACCUGUAGGGAUUGGUUUAAUUGCGGGAAUUGCCGUUCCUGCCAUGAUCAUCGGCCUGCCCGUUUGGGUAGGGAAGAAGAUCUACACCCGGUACGAGUUCAGCAACAAGCACAAGAGGAACCUCGCUAUAUUCGGCGGCGUCACCGCGACGGUGGUGGCGUCACCCUUCUUGGCUGCGCUGGCCGUGUCCAUCGGCGCCCCCGUGCUGCUCUGCUACGUGUACGGCGUGGUGCCCGUGGCCAUGUGCCGGUCCCGCGGCUGCGGCGUGCUCAACGCGGCCGAGUGGCUCAGCCUGGACGACCUCGACGACCUGGACAAGCGCCCCGACCCGGACCAGGACGUGGACGUGGACCAGGAUGGCGUGAGCCUCAGCCACCGCGGCGUCAACCCCUCCAUAGGGGAGGUGUCCAUUUCUCUGGGCAGCGGCAGCCACCUGGAGAGACUGGGCCGCGAGGGUGACGCCGACGCCGAGGGGGACGCCGACGCCUACCCGUUCCCCUACCCAUUCAAUCCGGACCGGGAGGACCAGUCCGUCAGCAACGUGGCCAUCGCUGGGGCGAGCCUCACGGGGGCCAGCCUGGCGGGCUCCAUCGCCGGCGUGUCGGCGGUGUCGGCUGGACAGCGCAUGAGCAGCGAGACCGCCUCGGCCGCCACUAGUUUGUCGGAGAAAUCCGUGUCAGCAUCACUCGGUGACGAUGGAGCGGCUUCCACUAGGGCUCUCGCUGGAUCCAUUGCAAACUACAAGAUGGAUUCCGUCUCGGGAGUUGUAAAUGUGGAAGACACAAUAUCUGAUUCAUAUGAGGAACUUGCUGCUGGUUCAGUAAGACGUGCUGAUUUUUCUGGAAAUAGGCGCAGAACAAAUUUAGACCGACAGACCAGUGAUACUGAAAGUGCAGGAAGUGGUAUUGGAGGCAAUGAUGAUUGUGUAUCAGUUGACAGAGUUCGGUUUGAUGACAAUGUUAGUUUUAUAGAAGCAACUUCAAGUCCUGUUUCUAUUGGGAGCACUCGUAGUAGAGGAAGUGACAAAACAGCUGACAUCAGUCAACAGUCAGACAUAAAAGUGAAUAAUGACAAAGCAAGUCUGCGAAGUAAGCUGUGCCAUUCAGGAGCGUCUACUAGCAAUGGUGAUAAACGAUUAUCAAAGCAUCGUAAACCACAUACUGAGGUUGAUUUGAGUGGCAUUGAAAUUUCAGUUGAUGGCAAACCUCUUGAUGUUAUAGUUGAACCAAUCUGUGUUAGUGAAAAUUCUGUAACAGAAUCCUGCGAAGUUUCUAUCCCUUUGGAAAUUGAAGGAAAACAACCAAUCCUGAAGUACCUAGUUUGUGAAUGAUGUUAGUACAUCCAUCCAUUCAUUGCCAAUACGCAAAAACAAAAGGGUUAUUGCUAUUUUUAUGUUGUUUCGCUUAUUGAGAAUGAAAGUUAAGUGUCUAGUGUUGUCUAGUGCACUAACAGGGUGUGUAAAAGUGUGUUCUGAUCUAUAAAUUACAUCAUUCUCUGUCUGAUAACUGUUUUCCCUUUUUGUAACGGUCCUAUUUUCUUUUGUAGUAAUUAGAGGUAUUGAUGCAUAUGUUAUGCUAUUCAUUUGUACUGCUCAGCAAACGUUUUCAGUGAUUUACUUUCAUUAUUUCUGUGGAUACAGAUACAAUGUUAAGUUUGAAAGCCUUGCAGAUAUUUUCAUUAAGACUGAGAUGCUUGGGCCCAUAUGGCUUGAACUGCUGCUUUGGGCUCUUGCACCCCUCUCUCCUUGUCGUAGAUUUUGCAUUGCAUUAAUUCUUAUUAUGUGGCAAUGUUUCCAAAUGUUAUGUCAAGUUAACCAUUUUUAGUAGAGUUUUUAUUUUCAUUUCUUUAUUACUCAUUUUUUUCAUCUUAACAUUUAUUUGCUUCCUUUUACUGAUAAUCUAUUCAUUUACUUGUACAGUAUCUCAAUAUUCAGCCCAUGAAUCAACAAUAAUAUUUAUGUGUAUUAUCAUACCUUUAUUAUGUUGUGAUGUUAGAUGUCUAUCAGUUGUUUUAUCAGUCAUAACUUGUGAACAUAUUCACCCGAAUUGAAUGCAUUGAGUGCAUAUUGUAGCAUCAUGGGAAAGCACCAGUUGAUUAAUUGUUCGCUUGCAAUCCAAAUGUUACAGAACCUAUGUCAUUGGCACUUUUCUUUGGAAACAUGUUUCUGGUUUAAGUUCAUUGUUGUAGAUGUGCCCUGAAACUUAGCUCAUGUAGUGUAUUUUUUCCAAUAGAAAAACUGAGGGGAAACAAAUUGAAGUUACCUUCCAAAUUUAAGGUUCCUAUUUCUUUUAAACUUGCUUCUUUCAUAGUUUUAGUGAAAGAAUUAAAUUUGAUCUUUAAAAAAACCUAAUUUGUAAACCAAAGAACAUGUGACUUCUAAAAUUGUUUUGACGUUCAACUGCAAGCAAGCAGAUAUUCUUUAUUAUUCAAGUAGUUAGGGUUACAAUGGUUUCUUUAUUUUCAACUUUAUUGAAAUAUUCUACUGCAUCUCAAAUUUUAAGUUGCCACCCCCUCCAAAAGUAUUAAAUUAUUGGUAUUGUCAAAUCUCUUGCUAAUAUUAAAGAAUGCCUGUACAAGCA